AUGAGCGAAGUUAAUGAUAACAUCAGCUUGUCAACUAAUACUGAGUCUACGAUGCAAGAGAAAACAACUGAACUCGAAGAAAGCAAUUUGCAGGAACUUAAAAUUGGUGGUGGCAUUGCUCUUGGAAUAAUUCUGCUGACAGCAAUUAUUGUUCCAUGUGUUCUUCUUCUUCCAAAAGAGCAGAAAACAUCAUCGACGACAACAACAUCAACAUCAACUACAACAACAACGACAACAACAACAACGAAAACUCAAAUAGCGACAUUUCCUGAAAUCAGUACUUCAACAUUCUCUUCUGUACCAACAGAAGAUGCUUCGACAACUUUAGCGUUUGAAACUACAACUGUAAAAACAACAACAUUACCGUUGGUUACUGAUGAUUAUAUUUGCGAGAUUAUUGGUGAAGCUUUGGACAUCAAUAUCUGCUUGGUUCAUUGUGAUUCCCCGAUGAAGAAAUGUACCCGCAAUGACCCAGAUUGCUACCAAUUUGGUGAGAAUUGCUACACACCCUUAGAAGCUGAUUGGUCAUUUUGCGCAAAAGAAAAUGAGUGGAAGACAUGCUCAGAAGAAUCGAUUUCUGGUGAAUCUGUCGAUGAAAUUUGCGCUGAAGAUCCAACUUGUAAAACUGAACCAUCAGUUUUGUAA